AUGGCUCCGAGAUCGCGCAAUCCCUUUGGCUUCGGACCUUGGGUCGUCACCUUCUUCACCGUCGUCGUCUAUGCCGGUCUGUUCGCCGCCCUUGUUGUCACCCAUCAUGUCCUGCCGCCAGCUCCAAGCACUCCCACUCCGCACAGCUGGCCAGGCGUCAACAUAACCCAGGCCUGGAAUGAUCUCGAGCACCUGAGCAGUGCUUAUCAUCCUUUCAACAGCAGGGAAAAUGUUGCCGUGCGCAAAUGGUUACUCGCCCGCGUGCGAGACAUACUCGACGCCAAUGAGGUUGAGUGGAAAGAGGCCGCCCAACACACCAACGCUGCGCUGCCUGUCACCGUCUUUGACAGAGAUGUCAGCAACGUGACAUACACCGAUUCAAGAGGCUACACUGUCUACUAUGAGAGCAACAAUAUCAUGGUCUACGUUAGAGGCGCUGAAGAUCCCGACGGCGAAUGGUGGCUCAACAAGACCACUUACACUGGUCCUGGUGGCGUCCUUGUCAAUGCCCACUUUGACUCUGUCAGCACUGGCUUUGGUGCCACAGACGACGGUGUUGGUGUCAUUUCAGUACUGCAGCUACUCUCACACUUCACCAAGCAGGAGAAUCAGCCUCAUCGUGGUAUUUUGUUCCUUCUGAACAACGGCGAAGAGGAUGGUCUAUACGGCGCAAAGGCCUUCACACGUCAUCCUCUUGCCCAAUUCCCUCGUGCCUUCCUCAAUCUUGAGGGUGCUGGUGCUGGAGGCAGAGCCACCUUGUUCAGAAGCACUGAUACUGAGGUAACCAAAUUCUACUCCAAGAGCCCUCAUCCCUUUGGUAGUGUCAUCAGUGGUGAUGGCUUCAAAAGAGGUCUGGUGAAGAGCGGCACAGACUACAGUGUCUUUGUUGAUGACCUGGGUAUGCGUGGCCUGGACGUAGCCUUCAUGGAGCCUCGUGCCAGAUACCACACUAAUCAAGACAAUGCUAGAGAAACCAGCGUCGAGAGCUUGUGGCAUAUGCUCUCUGCUGCUCUAAACACCGUGCAGGGCCUUUCAAGCGAUACCAGUGAUGAAUUCGAGCGUCCUUCGGAUCAUGAGAGGUAUGGCAAGACCGACAAGUCAUCUGGCAGUACCGGUGUCUGGUUUGACUUGUUUGGCCGUGCAUUUGCAGUCUUCCAGUUGCACACUCUGUUCGCGCUUUCCGUGACAUUGCUUGUUGCAGGGCCAAUUUUCUUGAUCAUCUUCGAUGUUACUCUGCACAAGACCGACAAGUGGUAUUUGUUCUCUAGAAAGAAAUAUCUCCACUCGUCUGAUGAUGACGAGGCUAUCAAGUUCUUUGGGUGGAGAGGCUUCUUUAGAUUCCCUCUGAUCUUUGCCGUCGCAAGUGGCAUUGUUGUAGCGCUCGCGUAUCUUGUCACCAAGGUCAACCCACACAUUGUUUACAGCUCCGAGUACGCCAUUUGGAGCAUGAUGCUCACCGCGUGGCUUUCUACUGCGUGGUUCCUCUUCCGCCUCGGAGACGCAGUUCGGCCAUCCGCACUUUCCCGUGCUUAUGUGUUGAUUUGGCUUUACGCUCUUUCCUGGAUUGCCCUGGUGGCUGCAACCAUCGGGGAGCAGCGAUUCCAUCUUGGAUCUGCCUACUUCUUGGUCAUCUACAACGCCGCCGUCUUCUUGGCAUUGCUCAUCUCCUACCUCGAAUUCUUCGCGCUGCCCAAAAAGAGUAUCUACGUUGAGCAGGCUACAUAUGCAUCGCAAAGUAUUAUCCCGAGCCCUGCACGUAGCGGCAGUCUCGUCUCUCACAACGUUGCAGACCACGAGGAUACUCCUAGAGGCAGAGUAACGCAUGCGAAUGAUAACGAAGAUGCAGAUGAACGUACCUCUCUGCUGGGUUCGAGACAGACCUUUACACGCUACGGGCGUGAGAGCCGUCGACCUGACGACAAUGAGGAUGUUGCAGCCUCAUUGCACUCGCCUCUCACAAGCCAGGCAUACGAGGGUGAGCAGGCUUGGUCUGCUAGUCUUCCAAGUUGGGCAUGGCUACUCCAAUUCCUUAUCCUGGCUCCUAUCAAUGUAAUUUUGAUCGGCCAAUUGGGACUGCUAAUGACCUCAGCUCUGCACCAAACGCCUGCUGAUGGUAGUCCCGUUCUGCUUGUCUACCUGUUGAUUGCUGCAACUUCGGUGCUGCUGUUGCUCCCUCUGACGCCUUUCAUCCAUCGCAUAACCUACCACAUCCCCACCUUCCUUAUGUUCGUCUUCAUCGGCACUCUGAUUUACAACCUCGUAGCCUUCCCCUUCUCUCGCACCUCCAGACUCAAGGUCUUCUUCCUUCAGCAGAUCGAUCUUGACCACGGCAACAACUCCGUGGCGCUCACCGGUCUAUCUCCUUACCUCGAGUCCAUCGUAUCUCAAAUGCCAUCAGCCUCGGAAAACGGCUACCACUGUGCAGGCCCUGACUACAAAUUCUGGGCCUUCAGAGCAGGUCUUGACAGUUGCUCCUGGACGGGCCCUGCUCCCAAUGUCGUACCUAAAGCAUACAAGCCACACCAGCCCGGCAUGCCAUACCCCAACGACACAGUCUCUUUGACACUAGCUCGCAGACAAGCUCAAGCCGACAAAUAUGCCACCUGGCUUGACUUCAACAUCACUCGCCCCUCAUCAAAGAACGCCACCAGACGCGAUUAUGUGAUUGAUGUACGCGGCUCCAACACUCGCGCCUGCCGCUUGUACUUCUCGACUCACUUCGCAAACCUGAGCAUCAGCAAUGCAGGUGACAAGGCCGAGGUCGUGAAACCAGGUCGCCACGACGAGGAAACGCGUGUGUACCUGUACAGCAGAGAUUGGGACGCCAGAUGGAGCGUCAACGUCACCUUUGACCGCGAAGUGGAGAAGCAAUAUGGUGGUGUCGAGGGCAAAGUCAUGUGUGUCUGGAGUGAUGCCAACCAGGUAGGCAAUGUGCCUGCUUUCGAUGAGGUCAAGCACUUUAUGCCUGUGUGGAGUGCUGUUACCAAGAACAGCGAUGGUCUGGUUGAGGGAUACAAGCACUUCAGUCUCUAA